CUCCUUGGAGCUUACAAUCUAGGAGGGAGGGGGUAGAGGUACAUGAGGGAGCGGCUGCAGGGGCGGACUGACAACUCAUGGGGCCCCCGGGCAAUAGGAGAUCAUGGGGCCCCUGUGUCCUUGCCCAAACUCAAAAAAGCCUAUGAAAAAAGGUACCAGGGGCAUCUCAUGGGGCCCCCUACUGACCCCGGGCCCUCGGGCAGUGCCUGAGUUUCCAAAUGGUCAGUCCGCCCCUGG